AUGACAGGACUGCAGCCGCCGUUCUUCCGCAUUCGAUCGCUCUCACGACACCACUCGAUCUUGCUCUCGCGGCGCAUAACAGUGGUCACUCCAAAAGGUGACAUCACAGGAGGGCCAUACACGGCAGUGGUGACGCCGGCAAGAAAACAUCUAAUUCUUCCGGAGAAGAUGUACCAAAAUGUAAUGAUCAAUCUGCAUGCAAAAAAAGGCAAAACGAUUGUGAAAUGCAAAUAUGGUGAUGCGAUACCACAUUUGGGAAUGCCCGGAAGCAAAUACUGUCACGUCAUGCUGCGCUCAUCACAUCGUACAUGGUAUGAAAGGAAGAACGAAAUCGUGCUCGGCAUGCCAUUUAUGUAUGAAUACUGUUUGCAUCUUAAUGACAUCGAUGGAACAAUCGCAUUCUCGAAUCCCCUCCGCUUCAACAUAAAUGAUCCGAAACUUGAUGUACCGAUUGUAGAAAAGCCGGAUGUGGUGCACGUUAUUUCCCCGGAUGAGACUGCCAUCCCAGCUAUGUCGCCCAGAUCCCUAGGUAAGGCGAAUUCUAUUUGA